AUGAAUUGUCUUCCAGAUGAGCUUCUUGUUCAAAUCUUAUCCUUCCUUCCCACUAAAGAAGCUACUUCAACCUCUCUUCUCUCCAAGAGGUGGAGGACUCUAUUUACUCUCAGUCCUAAUCUUGACUUUGACAACUCCCUCCUUUUGCAAUCCAAAAAGCGUAAAUGGAAUAUGCGCAAUAUUCAAAAGAGUUUCGUUGGUUUCGUGGAUAGUACAUUGGCUUUACAAGGCGGUAAGGGUAUAAAAUCGUUCUCAUUAAAAUUUAAAGAAACACUUGGAGAUGUAAAUGGUGAAGUUGAUGUUAACCGAUGGAUAUGUAAUGCCCUUGAACACGGUGUCUCUGAGCUUCAUCUAAGGAUAGACUAUACGAAGCGGUGUCAUCUCCCAUCCGAAAUCUUCACCAGCACGAAAUUGGUUAAGCUGUCAUUGGUAACACAAAGUUGCUUCCCAGUUGUACCUAAUUGUAUAUCUCUCCCAUCACUAAAGGUUCUCUUCCUUGAUUCAAUUUGGUUUGAAGUUCCUCAAUUCUUAAUAUUUCUCACUGCUUGCCCUGCACUUGAAGACUUAACCAUAUAUCAAAAGCCUCAUUCUGUAGGAAUGCCAUACCAUAUAUCUAGCAAAACCAUUAAGAGACUCUCUGUUACCUAUACAUGUGGUUAUUUUGUUGAUUAUGGCCUUAAAUUAUUUAACACACCGAGUGUUGUCGACCUCUACUACUCUGAUUAUGUUCGACAUAAGUAUCCACAUAUGAAUUUGGAUUCACUUCCUAAAGCUACACUGGACAUUCAUUUCUUAGAUGAUAAUGCCGCUAACGUGACAGAGCUCCUCAGUGGGAUACGCAACGUCAAGACCCUUCACUUGACUUCUUCCACUGUUAAGGUGAUUUUGUUAUGCUGCAAGGGGGAAAUACCAAUGUUCGAGAACCUCAUUAAUUUAAAGUUUUCGGGUAAAACACGACAGUGGAAAUUUCUUCUGCCACUUCUGCUAGAGAUUUGUCCAAACCUAACAACUCUGGUUCUCUCGGGUCUUGAUCAAAAUUGGUUUGUGGGGUUUCGCACUCCUCCAAACAAUCAAGUAAAGAUGCUGAGUAUCAUGCAAUAUCAAGGAAGUGAGCGCGAGCUGAAACUCAUUAGCUAUUUCGUACUGAAAAUGGAGUGUCUUCAAGUUGUGAAAGUUUAUGUUUCAUCUCCAAUGAAUGACCUCAAAAAGAUGCAACUCACAGAGGAUCUCUUGAAGCUUCCCAAAGCUUCUCCCAAGCUCAAUAUACAAGUCCUUGUUCCUUCGGAUACAUAUCUUCCAGCACUUAAGGUUCUCUUCCUUGACUCAGUGUGGUUUGACUUUCAUCAAUUCGCUAAUGUUUUUUUCCCUGCUUGUCCUGCACUUGAGGACUUUGCAAUACAUAUCAAGUCAUUCAGGAGGAAAGCAAGAAGUGAAAACGAGCUUGAACAUAUAAGCCAUUUCUCACUGAAAAUGGAGUUUCUUGAAGUGCUAAAAGUUUACGUUGCACUUACAAUGGAUGACACCAAAAAGGUGGAACUCACAAAGGAACUGUUGAAGCUUCCCAUAUCCUCAUCCAAGCUCAUUAUACAAGUCAUGUGA